AGAGAUGAUGGGAGGCUGCGCUCCUGAAUGGAAAUUGGGCUUAAGUUGAAGACCAGAGGUGUCCCCAUUGGUUUUUCAGACUUGGUGAAUUUUAAGCUGUUCUUCAGAUGGUUAACGACCUUGGUUAUAAAGAGAACAGCUAAGUCAGAAAAUGGCUUUGUCAGGAGGCAGCACAUGCGAGAGGCUGCGGAACGGCGGCAGCAGCUGGAAUUGGAGCAUGAACAAGCCUUGGCUGUCCUCAGCGCCAAGCAGCAGGAGAUCGACCUUCUGCAGAAGGCUCAGGUUGAAGCUAAGAAAGAGCAUGAAGGCGCAGUGCAGCUGCUAGAGAACACGCUGGACAGCAUGCAGGUACUUCCGGGACGGACGUCCUCCCCCCCCCCCCCCGUGUGCUCGGUGGUGCUUUCUCCGUGCUUGGACCAGCGGCGCGCCCCUGGGCCUGCUCGGACCCGCUCUUCUCCCGAAAAUGGGCAGCUCAGCGAGGUUCUGAGCAAAUGGCAGCUUCCCGAUGCCGUUGUGGGGGACGAGGGCCAGGGGAGCCAAGCUGCUUGUGGGAGCUCCGCCCCAGGGAGAUGCUUCAAUCUAGGCCUUGGGGCCCGACGCACCAGCUACAGUGUGGACAGCGGCGCUCACCGAAGACUCCCUGCCGGCACCAUGCGCAGGGCGCCCCUCCGGGACGUCCGGGAGAUGAGGAACAUGUGGUCUCGCUCGGCCUGGGUGACACCCGGGGAAGCUGAGGCGGGGUCAGACGCAGAAUCUGGCCCCAAACCCUCGACCACCACACUGCAGCUUCCCUUGGCCUGGGAGUCCCGACCUCCCUGCAACGGCGGGGGCUCCGCUUUCCUGCCAGCAGAGCAGUCCCGGAGGCUGGAUGGGGCACCGACUCCCGCAGCAGCUGGCCUGGGAAGCGCUGGCCGGGUGGCCUGCCCUCUCUUUGCUGGUGGUGCAGCAGGAGCAGAGACGGUGGGCACAAGUGACAGCGGUACCCAGGAGACGGAGUUAACGCAGCAGCUGAAGCACGCAGUGGUCCGCCGCCUCCACGUGCUGGAGCGCAGCAGACCAGACUUGUGCCCUCGUGGAGCUGGCACGGUAGCAGGGAUGUCCCACCUGCCAUCCAGCAAGGAACGGAGGCCGGCCAGGCCCGACGCAGAUGGAGCAGCCCCUGCUGUGAGGAGCGUGACACCUGCAGACCCGGGCUCUCCUCGCCACGGCUUCAGCAAGCACCCGUCGAGCACCCGUGGACUAGAGGCAGGGGCCUCCACAAGAUGGCUGCAUCCGUGGGCUAGCCACGGAGCCAUCCCCCACGGCCGGGCUGUGUCACCGCCCCAUACUCCAGAUCUCCAGCAGCUGCGUGCAAGGUGCGGGAGCUUGGAGGAGAAAUGCCGGGCGCAGAGUGAGCAGUUCAGCCUGCUGUCCCGGGACCUGGAGGAGUUCCGCCAGCACGCCGGCAAGAUCGACCUGGGCGGCAGCUCUGCGGCCUCCUCGGACGGCCCCUCGUCCCCCAGCAAGGCCUUCCCAAGGCUCAUGAAUGGACUGGCCCCCUCCAUCAGCAAAGGUCAGGAAAGUUCCAUCAGAAGCCACGCUGUGAUUGGUGACUACAUCCGGCCCCUCCCGCUCCCGGGUGACAAGCCGGAGCCUCUGUCCGUCAAGCCCACCUUUCUGUCCAGAUCUGGUGGCCCAAGAUGCAGAUUUGAAUCAGACAUGGAUAAUGAACGGGCUUCCAGCACCUCCAAGCAGAGAUACUCGGGGAAGGUCCACCUGUGUGUCGCCCGCUACAGUUACAACCCCUUUGACGGGCCCAAUGAGAACCCAGAGGCCGAGCUGCCACUCGCGGCGGGGAAGUACCUGUACGUGUACGGGGACAUGGACGAGGACGGCUUCUAUGAAGGCGAACUCCUGGAUGGGCAGAGGGGCCUGGUGCCCUCCAACUUCGUGGAUUUUGUCCAGGACAGUGAGUCUCGGCUGGCCAGCACGCUGGCGAGUGACCAGGAGCAGAACCUCAUCAACCGUUCCGGCAUCGGCAUCUCCCCGCUGGAGGGGGAGAGUGUCCUGGACCUCCACUCCCCGACGCUCACGGACUCCGGCCUCGCCGACAGCGGGGCAGGGACGCUGGAUGUCAACAUUGACGACAUUGGAGAAGACAUCGUGCCUUACCCUCGGAAAAUCACCCUCAUCAAGCAACUCGCCAAAAGUGUCAUUGUGGGCUGGGAGCCCCCGGCCGGGCCCCCGGGCUGGGGGACGGUGAGCAGCUAUAACGUGCUGGUGGACCAGGAGAUGCGCCUGAGCCUCACGCUGGGCAGCCGGACGAAGGCCUUGAUCGAGAAGCUGAACACGGCGGCCUGCACCUACCGCGUGUCCGUGCAGUGCGUCACCAGCAGAGGCAGCUCGGACGCACUGCAGUGCACACUGCUGGUGGGCAAGGACGUGGUGGUGGCGCCCUCCCACCUGCGGGUGGACAACAUCACGCAGAUCUCCGCCCAGCUCUCCUGGCUGCCCACCAACAGCAACUACAGCCACGUGAUCUUCCUCAACGAGGAGGAGUUCGACGUCGUCAGGGCUGCCAGGUACAAGUACCAGUUCUUGAACCUCCGGCCCAACAUGGCCUACAAGGUGAAGGUUCUGGCCAGGCCGCACCAGGUGCCGUGGCAGCUGCCCUUGGAGCAGAGGGAGAGGAAGGAGGCCUUCGUGGAGUUCUCCACGCUGCCUGCAGGUCCUCCAGCCCCCCCACAAGACAUCACCGUCCAAGCCGGGGCCACCCCAGCCACCGUCCAGGUGUCCUGGAAACCGCCCGCCCUAACGGCUACCGGACUGUCCAACGGGGCCAACGUCACCGGCUAUGGCGUGUACGCGAAAGGGCAGAGGGUGAGUUUCUGCUGGGGCUGCGCCUGCACGCAGGGCCGGCCGCCCGCCCGCCCGCCGCUCGCUGAAGGCUGGUGUCCCCUCUCCUCAGCCCGCCAGCGUUCACUAAGCACCAGCUGCACUGGCACCCCAGGGCCCGGUGUGGAAUGGACCAAGCAUUUCACCUCUCUUGAGUCCCACGAUCUCGAGCCCCCCUCUGCAGGCUUGAGGACUCCACCACAUUGGAGGUCUCCCUCGCCCAGCCGCGUCCUCCCGCAGCCGCAGGGCGCCCCGGUCUCCAGCUCCGUCGCCAAGGCCAUGGCCCGGGAAGCCGCGCAGAGGGUGGCGGAGAGCAGCAGGUUAGAGAAAAGGAGUGUCUUCCUGGAGCGGAGCAGCGGGCAGUACGCGAACUCCGACGAGGAGGAUGGCUACGAGUCCCCCGACGUCCGGAGGAGGGGUGCCUCGGUGGACGACUUCCUGCAGGGCUCCGAGCUCGGCAAGCCGCCGCACUGUGGCCACGGAGAUGACUACCACACGGAGAGCAGCCGGGGGUCUGACCUGUCCGACAUCAUGGAGGAGGACGAGGAGGAGCUCUGCUCUGAGAUGCAGCUGGAAGACGGGGGCCGGCGGCGGCCCAGCGGCGCGGCCCACAACGCUCUCAAGAUUUUAGGAAACCCGGCGUCUGCAGGACGGGCUGGGAGGGCGGAUCGUGUGGCCCGGAGGCUGUCCCGCGGCAGCGCUGGCCCCCACAGGUCCCGGCCAGUGAUGGGCCUCGCUACCGAUGAAUACAGGGGUCGCGGCCGGCUCUCCCCGGACUUCUACGAGGAGUCAGAGACGGACCCCGGUGCGGAGGAGCCGCAGGCGCGUUUGCGGCAGGGCUACGCACACGUGUUUCCGGUGCUCCGCACGUCCGCUGGCCUCGCGGCAGAGCCGAUGUGCUCCCGAGCCCCCAGCGCCUUCCUCCCGCUUCUCACACUGCAGGUUUACGGGGAUAAGGAUGCUGAUGGCUUCUACCGCGGGGAGACCUGUGCCCGGCUCGGCCUUAUUCCUUGCAACAUGGUCUCCGAAAUCCAAGCAGACGACGAGGAGAUGAUGGACCAGCUUCUCAGACAAGGCUUCCUCCCUCUGAACACACCUGUGGAGAAAAUAGAGACGCGUACUGCACCGUCCCUGCAGUGCUGGCAGCGCGUGCAGGCGCCGUCACUGACUGGUCACUGCUGUGCCUUGUUCAAGGAAACGUCCCUGCAGGCCCUGCAGAGGAAAAAAAAGAAAGAAUACCAGAAAUCAUGGGUUGUUUUUAAAGCAACUUCUGUGCACAGGAAGAGCGCUGACCUUGUGCUCUGUCUGCAGGCCGAGCUGACGUUCUGCACGGGAGACAUCAUCACUGUUUUUGGUGAAAUUGAUGAAGAUGGUUUCUACUACGGGGAGCUCAAUGGGCAGAGAGGCCUUGUACCUUCCAAUUUCCUAGAAGAAGUGCCUGACGACGUGGAGGUCUACCUCUCCGACGUGCCGUCCCAGUACUCGCAGGACACGCAGCCGCGCUCCAGGACCAAACGGGGCUUUCAUGACUCAAGUACUUCCUAAAAAAAACCAAUCUUCUCCCCCGCCACCAGUAGAGAAGUGCUCUUUGCACUACCAUCCACUUUAACCACCUGCAAGGACAAAGGGCCGCGCUGCCCCCUCGCAGCCCCGCCCACCUGCGCGUGGUGCCGGGUGGGGGCGGGCCCUCGGGAAGGAGCGGGGCGGCAGCUCUUUGCAGCUCCCUCCCUACUGUGGUUCAGCCUUUGUGCAUUGGUCAUCUGCCCUUACAGGAAUGAUUUCAACCUUUCUCCCUUUUCAAAAUGCUUGCCUCAUAAUGCAUAACUCACGUUAACUCUGGUCUUGAAAUUCCUAGUUUAAUCGCCUUGAUGUUCUGCCUUAUAAAUGCACAGUGGUUUGUACUGUCUAAUAAAACUGCGGUGUACACUCUG